AAAAGUACAGUUUUACGUUUAAAAAAGUGUAACAUAUUUUUAAUUAUACAAUAUACUAAACAUUUCGCGCGCAAUGCGUAUGUAUGUGUGUAUGUAUAUCACACACACGAAUCUCGUCGAUAUCUAAUACCACAGGUCGGUAAAUUUCCCGAUGUCGGUACCGUUUACCUUGUGUCAAUUUUUGACAGAAAAUUGUGAAAAUGAUCGAUCGGUAGACCGUGGUGGAUUCAUGCAUGCAUGGAUUGGAUUGGAUCCGUGGAUUCAUCGCGUACUCAGUCCCAGUCGGUCAGUAUUUUAGUAUUUUAGUAAGUAUAGAGCUAGAUGAGAGCUAGGCUGUGAACUUGUGCUUGUGGAGUGUGGAGUGUGGAGUGUGGCAGUGUGGUGUGGCUGCGUGGCUGCGGUAGGUAGGCUGCGACUAACCGGAGUAACCGGGCAGCCGGGCUUAGUAGCUUACCGGGCCGGCGUCACGUCACGAAGCGUCAUCCGUUAUCGUCCUCGUCGCCUUCGAUCACGUAUACAGUUGCCACGUAUAUGCUCGUACUGUAGACGUAGACUCAUAUAGCUGCCACUGCUCUGCCAGUAGCCACUGUAGCCUGUAGCUACGAUCAUGUCAUCGAGCAAUGCCGAGCGGAGUGUCGGACCGCCUCCGAAUAAGAAGAUGAUGAUCUGCGCGAACGUAUCGGAGCAAGCGCAUCACGUAUCCAGAGCCAAACGGGGACAAGCGAUCGGCAGUAUUCGGGGCUUUCGAGGUUGCACGGUAUGGCUAACCGGUCUCUCCGGUGCCGGCAAGACCUCUAUCUCGUUCCAGGUGGAAGCUGUCUUGGUGAACCACGGUAUUCCUGCCUACGGUCUAGACGGCGACAAUCUCAGGAGCGGUCUAAACCGCAAUCUGACUUUCAGCAAACAAGACAGGAAAGAGAACAUUAGAAGAGUAGCCGAAGUAGCGAAACUCUUCGCCGACAGCGGACAAAUUUGUCUCUGCAGCUUUGUGUCACCUUUCGAAGAGGAUAGACAAGUGGCGAGGCAGAUUCAUAGAGAGGCUGACCUGCCCUUCUUCGAGGUGUUCGUAGAUACGCCCUUGCAAAUUUGCGAGGCUCGCGACACUAAGGGCCUUUACAAGAAAGCGCGGCAGGGUACCAUUAAAGGUUUCACCGGUAUCGAUCAAAUGUACGAGAGUCCCACGAAACCUGACUUAAUUGUCAAGACCGAGAAUUGUACCCCGGAAGAGUCUGCCUCGACUGUAAUUGACCUUUUAGAGAAGCACCGCAUCAUUCCGCAGCUUGCUGCUAAACCGUCAGAUCUGAUCAGGGAGCUCUUUGUACCAGAGUCCAGGCUAGCUUUCGCGAAAAUGGAAGCGGAAACCCUGCGGUGCGUGGAGAUCGAUGAACUCGACGUGCAGUGGCUGCAAAUUCUGGCGGAAGGAUGGGCGUCUCCACUAACAGGCUUUAUGAGAGAACAUCAAUAUCUUCAGGCCCAACACUUAAGGUGUUUGCUCCAAGAUGGCAAAGAAGCGAACCAAUCGGUGCCAAUUGUCCUCGCGAUAAGCACGAGUGAUAAGAGCCGCUUGGAAAAUUCCCUCGCUGUAACCUUGAGGCACAAGCAGAAGGCCUUGGCAAUCCUACGAAAACCGGAAUUUUAUUUCCAUCGAAAAGAGGAGCGUUGCAGUUGGCAGUUUGGCACCAACAACUUGGGUCAUCCCUACGUCAGGAUGAUUUACGACUCCGGAGACUGGUUGAUGGGUGGCGACCUCGAGGUAUUGGAAAGGAUCAGAUGGCACGACGGGCUCGACAAGUACAGGCUCACGCCAAACGAGAUCCGUGCCAGAUGCCGGAAAAUGAAGGCUGAUGCCGUAUUCGCAUUUCAGCUUAGAAAUCCCAUUCACAAUGGACACGCGCUGCUCAUGCAGGACACAAAAAGACGAUUGUUGGAGGAGCGUGGUUUCAAAAAUCCCGUGCUGCUGCUACAUCCGCUGGGUGGCUGGACGAAGGAAGACGAUGUGUCCCUGUACACCAGGAUCCUUCAGCACAAGGCCGUUUUGGACGAAGGUGUGCUGGAUACUACGUCCACGUUACUCGCCAUCUUCCCCAGCCCAAUGAUGUACGCUGGACCGAUUGAGGUGCAAUGGCACGCGAAAGCCAGGAUGAAUGCCGGCGCUAAUUUUUACAUCGUAGGUAGGGAUCCCGCGGGUAUGCCACAUCCUAACAAAGACGCCACGCCUGACGGCAAUCUGUAUGAUCCUACUCAUGGCGCCAGGGUACUCUCCAUGGCCCGAGGUCUUGAUAAUCUCGAGAUUAUUCCCUUCAAAGUGGCCGCUUAUGACACGCGGAACGGUAAAAUGGCGUUCUUCGAACCCGAGCGGAAGCAAGACUUUGAGUUCAUUUCGGGGACAAAGAUGCGAGGAUUAGCAAAGACAGGCCAGAAUCCCCCGGAUGGAUUUAUGGCACCAAAAGCAUGGCAAGUACUCGUGCAAUACUACCAAAGUCUAGACAAGAAUUAAAUUUCAACUCGCUAAUGAGUAAUAAAGGUUUUAUCUUUGAACGAUUUCAAGUGCAUUUUAACGAAUCUCAAUUUAAGAUUUGAUUACCGACACAGUUAAAAUUGUAUACAUUUAAAAAAUAACAAGAGAGAGAGAGAGA